CACACUGGAAUAUUCACGGCCCAGCGGCAGCAGAGGCAGCCAGAGGAGUGGCCCACCACACAGGGGACCCCUCAGGAAUGAAGCGGCCUUUCAGGGCCCGAGGGGCUGCAGCCUCGCCUCCCCUCCUUAAAUAGCCAGCCGGCCUCCACCACAGCUGCGCGGAGCCCACCACCCACCCACAGGCUGCAGCCCACCUGCCGCCCCAGACCCGCCGACAGAGGCUCUCCGGGGCCUGUCUGCUUGUUCCCUCCAGGCUCAGCCCCGGGCUCUACCUCCAGCCAAAGCAUGAAUGGCCUCGAGGUGGCUUCCCCAGGCCUGAUGGCCAACUCCUCCCUGGCCCCCACGGAGCAAUGUGGCCAAGAGACGCCACUGGAGAACGUCCUCUUUGCCUCCUUCUACCUCCUGGAUUUCAUCCUGGCUUUUGUUGGCAACUCCCUGGCCCUGUGGCUCUUCGUCCGGGACCACAAGUCCGGCACCCCUGCCAACGUGUUCCUGAUGCACCUGGCCGUGGCCGACCUGUCCUGCGUGCUGGUCCUGCCCACCCGCCUCGUCUACCACUUCUCAGGGAGCCACUGGCCGUUUGGGGAGAUCCCGUGCCGGCUCACCGGCUUCCUCUUCUACCUCAACAUGUACGCUAGCAUCUACUUUCUCACCUGCAUCAGCGCUGACCGCUUCCUGGCCAUCGUGCACCCCGUGAAGUCCCUCAAGCUCCGCAGGCCCCUCCACGCCCACCUGGCCUGCGCCUUCCUCUGGGUGAUGGUGGCCGUGGCCAUGGCCCCGCUGCUGGUGAGCCCACAGACGGUGCGGACCAACCGCACGGUGGUCUGCCUGCAGCUGUACAGGGAGAAGGCCUCCCAGCACGCCUUUGCGUCUCUGGCCGUGGCCUUCACCUUCCCGUUCGUCACCACGGUCACCUGCUACCUGCUCAUCAUCCGCAGCCUGCGGCAGGGCCCGCGCGUGGAGCGGCGCCUCAAGAACAAGGCGGUGCGCAUGAUCGCCGCCGUGCUGGCCAUCUUCCUCGUCUGCUUCGUGCCCUACCACGUCCACCGCUCCGUCUACGUGCUGCGGUACCGCGGCCACCGCGCCUCGUGCGCCGCCCAGCGCGCGCUGGCGCUCGGCAACCGCAUCACGUCCUGCCUCAGCAGCCUCAACGGCGCUCUCGACCCCAUCAUGUACUUCUUCGUGGCCGAGAAGUUCCGCGACGCCCUGUGCAGCCUGCUGUGUGGCAAGAGGCUCCCGGGGCCGCCCCCCAGCGCCGACGGGAAGACCAACGAGAGCUCGCUGAGCGCCAGGUCGGAGCUGUGAGCCGGGGGCCACCGCUCUGAGCACCGCCUCGUCCACAAGGACCGGCCCUCAGACUCACCACCAAGGAGGAGCCCGCCUCCGCCCCAGCGGCCCCGAGAAAGCAAACUGCAGGCUCAGCGGGCCGCCACCACCUGCUCUGAGGCCCGAACUCGUCACCCGGCGCUGAGUCCUGUCUUCUCUGCCACGCAAAUCCCUGAACAGGGAGCACAGACGGGACCAGACGGCCACCCCCCUGCGGAGACUGGCCCUGCUCACUCACAGCUACAAGACACUCAGCAACGUCACCCCCUGGUGAGGGGGCAAGGAGGCCAGAAACAUUCCCUGAACAAUGAGCGUCUUUCUCUCCCAAGGGCCGCCUGCGAGGUUCCCAGCCUCCUUCCCCCGACAGAAACGCGCAGUGGUGAAGCUUUGCAGAGAGGAUGCCGGAGACAGCUGCAAACGGCCCACGGGAAGAGGGGGCACUGGAAGCUGGGCGGGGGCGGGGGGGGGGAGUCUAAACGUUUUCUCUCAAGUGCAAGGUGCUUUGAGGUCCCUUUGUGGCACCUUUGCCAAAGGACUCUGCAUUUAGGGGACACAAGCUAUAAAUUAGAACCCAACACUGUAAGCACAUUUCAGGGUGGUCACCAGGUGACAGCCAGCAACACGGGCGGGGCCCGUGAGGCACAUCAGCUCUCCAUCCCUCCCGCCAGAAACCCACACACAGACCUGCAGGCGCCCGACAACCCCCAGGGCUUCUCAGCAGCUGCCCGGUCCCUCCCGGGUCCCCGUGGAACACACACUAUGGGUGGACGGCCACAGGGAGCUGAGCCUUGUCGCCGCCGGGGGGCGGGGAGGGCAAGGUCCAACCUGUGAACCCGGCUCCCACCAACCCAGACCCAGCAGGGGCAGAGCCCCACUCCUUCCCAAGAGGCUUCCACCAGUCCCAGCGGGCCAAGCUUUGAGCCGUUUUGCUUACAGGGUGGCCUGAUCGCCCUCACCGGUCCUUUCUUGUACUUGAUUAUACUGACCAUAAACAUAACUGUGCUUGAAUAACUGAAGGUUAUUCUGUUUGGUUAACACAACUCCCUCCCCAGAACUUUUCUUCCCUCUGACCCAAGAAUGGCAAAGCAGAGGCAAAGGCAGCAGUGUGGACUGUGGUUCUGGUGGCCCUACGGUGGGCCUGCCCCCCGCAGACUCUGAAGUUCUGCCCCGUGGGCUUCAGAGCGCCGACCUGGGCUGGAGGGCGUGCGUAGGGCCCCCGCACUCCUUUCAUCACAGUGAUACUUUACUUUCCUGAGCACGUCCAGCCUCUUCCGGAUUUUUCCAGCAGAGCACCGGAGUAGGGGUCCCAGCGUGAGCUGCGGCUCAGGCCCACACCCGGCAGGUGACCCCACGGACCAGCAUGGGACCGCCCCGCCCCGCUGCACUGUCUACCCCCCGAUGGUCUCUCAGAUCCACACCCAAUACCCAGGCUGCUACUGAGUGCUCUGCAGACACCAAGACGGACAACACGCGUCUCUGGUGGGGCAGGCAGAUGGGCGAGACCACAACGGCAGCGUCAGGAAGGGGUGCUCGACAGGCACCAGAGAAUGUGACAAGUGCCCAGACGGGAGGGCAUGGGAGAUGGACAGCUAGGGCGCUGCGAAUGAGGCAGGCCUGCUCUUCCCUGAGGCCUGGCUGUCGGCAGAGGGGAAACUCGGAGUCGGCUGGUUGGUUGGGCUCUGUGGCAUUUGGGGUGCCCUCUGGGCACCAAGUGGAGCUGGCACGUGGGCAGUGGGGUACUCUGGGAGAGGUCUGGGGUGGAGGCGGACAUCUGGACUGCCCAGCACACACUCACCAUGUGAGGCCCCGGGACUUUGGGCCCGGUGCAGAACCCCAGAGGAGCCCAACGUGGAGAGAUGGGUGGAGGAAAGUGAGCCAGGAGAGGAGAGGGGCAGCGCAGCCGUGAAGUAGGGGGAAACUCCCAGAACACGGGGGCCUGGGUGCCCAGAGAGGAGCGGGGGCUGCCGUGAAGGCCGCGGAGACACCGACCAGCCUGGGCGAUGGGGAGCAGACGGGAGGACGCGGCUGGUGGGCUGGGGAGGGCUGCAGGCAAUCGCUGUGGAAAGAAGGCUCAGAGGGUGCUUUGAACCCUGGGGGCCACCAAGCCUGAGCCCCUAGAAAGGGAGAGAGAGCGGACCAGAGCCAUGAGCCCCUGCUGGAGAGGGUGUAUGGGGUGAGCAGGGCUUUGGGGUGCAGGGACACAGCCCCCACUCUGACAAGGCAGGGGGGCAGCACAGAUGCCGGGCGGCAGGGGUGCCCAUCCGUCGGGGAGGGGGAGGGAAGGUCCUGGCUGUGGGUGUGAUGGUGCAGGGACAGUGGGGGGUCGGGUAGGAGGCGGGGAGAAAAGAGCAAGUCUUCGUGGAAGGUGACAGCUUAGCCUGCUGAGGAAACCUGGGCCCCAGCUGAGUGCUGUCCCUCCAGCAGUGCUCGUGGGGCGUGAGGACGGCGGUGGACGGCCGGGGCCAGCACUGGGGGUGGCCGGGCAGGCAGGAACUUGACUCAAAGCUCCUCAUCCUUCCGCUGCACCAACUUGGGCCGCUUGGGCACCCGCUUGGGCCGCCUUCCUCCUUGCUGUAUGCUGUCAGCCUGCUCCCAGGAACAGCCUCGAGCCUGGGGUGGCCCCCGAUUCACCAUCCCUCACUCUCUCCAGGCUCCGUCCUCACCCGUACACUGGACAGGGCUCUCCCGUCCACCUCGCAGGGACAGGGCCGCACGGCAGCCCCAUCCGCAGCCUGCAGCGCCUGGACCGGGCCUGGACCCGUGAUGAGGGGCCCAUCUCACCUGCCGGCGUUCUUCACAAAGCCCAGGUCGGCCAGCUCCACGUCGCACAGCUCGCAGCGGAAGCACCCGGGGUGCCAGUUGUUGUUCAUGGCCUUGAUGACGCGGCCGAUGAUGAACUCGCCUGGAGGAGAGAGGUUCCUGCUCGCCUCGUGCCCUGCCCCUCCGCGGGCCCCUCCCAGAGCCGGGAGGGUGGCGCCCGCGGGAGCCCAGGGCCGAUGCUCUGAGGGGCAGAGCUCUCUGCCCACCCGCCUCCCAGGCAGCGCCGAGGCCUGUGCGGCCCUUACCGCAGGUCCUGCAGCACGGAGCGAACAGCAUCUGGAAGUCGUGUUCGCAGUACUUCCGCCCUUCGAGCUGCAAACGGGGCCAGCAGACAGAGGACAAGGAAGGCACUGUCAUCCCCCGAGCUGCGCUGGCCCGUCUGCUGGGUGAGGACCUGCCCUCGGGGACGCUGGACAAACACCCCACUUUGUGCACCUGCUACCACCACAGGAAGCUGGGGGGGGCGGUGCGGGGAGGAAUUCCAGGAAGUGAGCUGUCGUGCAAGGCCUGGAGAUGGAACGGGACUGGCCUGUUCGACUUGGGGAGAGUGCAAAGCGUGGGGCCUCGAAGAAGCCGGCAACUCAGCAAGGCCAGCCCCGCAAAGGGCCACGGCUGCUUGCAGAAGAUCUCGGCCCUGCUGGUCUCAGGAACGAGCUGAGGGCUGGGGGCGGAACGUCAGGCUAGGGAGGGCGGGGAUCGAGUUUGAGUUCUGUGUGAGAAGUCCAUUGAGGCCCUCAAUGAAGGGCCAUUGAGCUGGACCUUGGCCCUGUUUCCUGUGUGAGAAGUCCAUUCCCCCAGCGGCCACAAAGGACCCAGGGAAGGGACACAGAAGGAGGGACACAGGAAGGGGGGCAAGGGAGUCCUGCAGCCGCUGUCCCCAUCUGUCUGGGCAAGGAGGGCCCUCACACUGGCCCCAAGUGUGGCCCCAAGAAAGCCCCUGCUUUCUUCUCCCUUGAUAAUUGUAUUUGGUUUUCCCCUGUUCUCUAAAAUGAGUGUCUUAUUAAGCUGCACCUGGCUAGAGCCCUAGCCAGUGACCUUCAGAGGCGGCAGGAAUUUAAACUGUCGCAGGCACAUCCACAGCGCCCUGCCCACAUCCCCCGUCCCCCCACCCCCGCCUCCAUCAUCGGCCAGCAUUUCCCAGGAGGCACCACAGGCAACAGCAACUCCUACUCUGCCAGGCAGAUCACACACCCCACAGCCCUCUACCAGCCCGUCCCAUCAGCUUGGAAAUCUAUCCAGCCUCUGAGCACUGCCCUGGUGUGCUGGUAAACAUUUCACAACUGGCUCUGAGCCUGCCUUGUAGCGUUUGCCGAUUUCUAUGGUAUAAAUAUUCCCACCCGUGGUCAAUUUCAAGCUACCAACAGACCUCCACAUGGAGCUGAGAAGAGACGUCAGUAGCCACCACGGUACGGUGUUUCCAGCACACAGGCAUAAUAACAAAUCAUAACCUCAAAGGCAUAGCUGAUCGUGAAAUGUAAUAAAGGAAUUAGGAAGUGGUGAGUUUUGAGUAUCUGUUACCUUUGUCGUUUUUUUUAAUUCAUUUUUAUUGGAGUAUAGUUGCUUUACCAUGUUGUGUUUCUACUGUACAGCAAAACGAAUGUUACCUUUGUUUUUAAUAGUUUUAUCUCAUUGUAUGUCUAUAUCAUUUAACUUUUAGUAAUGGCUGUGUUUAACAACUGGCUUGCAAGGCUGCUGAAAAUUUAACGAUCUGCUCUUGUGACCCAGUGCAGCCCAGUGUAGGCCCCUUC